AUGACUGGGCGGAAGAGGCCUCCCCAGGCGCCUCCCGCCUCUUCGCUGUCUCCUUCCUGUCCUAACUCCGCGCUUGGCGCCGAGCUGGAUCCUCUCUCUGCUUUAUCUCCUCAGCUCAGCGUCUUGAAACCGUCGGAUCAUGCGACUGUCGCCGCAAAAACCGAUGGAAAACGCCGGCCCUCCGCUCCGUCCACCUCGUCGUCCGCGACGAGGCUCAGGUUUCCCUACGGCGCGAGCAUUCCGCUAGACAGAAAAAUCCCCUACACAUGUCCUCCUGCCGGCCGAUCUUCAAACUUCCUGUCUCCGUCUUCUUCUUCGUCUCCUUCUUCUUCGUCUCCUUCUUCGUCUCCGCCUUCUUCUUCGUCUCCUCCGCCUGCUUCUUCGUCUCCGCCGUCUUCUUCGUCUCCUCCGCCUUCUUCUGCUCCUUCGUCUUUCGCGAAAGGCGAGCGCGGAGGGGGGUAUGAGCCGCGCGUGAAGAAGACCGUGCGCUUCGACGAGGCGUUGCCGAGGAAAGGCGACCCGUGUUUGGGGGAGGACAGCGCGAAGCCUGUCUGUACAGUCCCGGACAAGUGGCGGUUGCUGCCGGCCUUUUUCGCGGCGAAGGGCCUUGUGCACCAGCACAUUGAAUCGUACAACUUCUUUGUAACCACAGAGCUGCAAAACAUCCUGCGCGCGCCGUCGAACCGCCUCGUGAAGAGCGAUAUCGACCCCUCCUUCUUCAUCGAGUUCCUCAACAUCUCAGUGGGAACGCCCCGGUACGAAGAAGGCAUGAUUUUGCAGCGUCUCACCCCACGGAUCUGUCGAACGCGCGAAAUCACCUACGCCGCACCCGUCUUUGUCGACGCCGAGUACAGCAAAGGCGACGAAAUCAUCCGCAGGAAAAACGUAGAAAUCGGAUCCAUACCCGUCAUGCUCCGCAGCCAAGUCUGCGUCCUCCACGGAAAAGACCCCGCGGCCAUCCAGAAGCUCGGCGAGUGUCCUUUCGAUCCUGGCGGGUACUUCAUCGUCAAAGGGACCGAAAAGGUGUUGCUUAUGCAGGAACAGCUUUCAAAGAACAGAAUUAUCGUGGAGACGGACAUGAAGCACAACGUGUGUGCGACAGUCACGUCGGCGACGGCGGAGUCGAAGUCUCGGACGGCUGUGGUGUUGAAGAACAACAAGUUGUAUCUCCGGCACAAUUCGUUUUUGGACGAUCUGCCUGCGUGCAUUGUGCUUCGGGCAAUGGGGACGGAGACGGAUCAGGAGAUUAUGCAGAUGAUUGGCGCGGGUGCGUCGCUGUCGGACGUGACGGGGAACACGGCGCAGGAGGCGGUGUCUUUGUCGCUACAAGACUGCCACACGGAGAACGUGCUGACGCAGUACCAGGCGCUUCUCUGGGUCGGUUCGCGCAUUCGGCCCAAGAUGCAGGCGAAAGGCUUCUUCACGCCUGUGUCUCGUGGACCUCUCCUCUCGGAGCGGAGCGGCGGCGGAUCUCGGAGCGCCAAGUCGGUGAUCGACGAGGCCGUCGACGUCCUCCACCGCGUGGUGUUGUCGCACAUUGAGACGACGGGGAACGACUUUCGCGCCAAGUCGCGCUUCCUCUGUCUGAUGAUUCGACGCGUCCUCGACGCCGCGAACGAUCCGUCCCUGAUGGACGACAAGGACUACUACGGGAACAAGCGCCUGGAGCUGGCCGGUCAGCUUCUGUCUCUGCUCUUUGAGGACUUGUUCAAGCGUUUUUGCACGCACGUCAAGAAGCAAGCGGACUACGCGCUCAGCCGGUACCACCAGGCGCGCGGCGGGGCUGCUGGCGGCGGGUCGCGGCUGAAGGACGAAGUGCCGUACCCGGACUGUUUCCGGAACCUGCCGACGGACAUCAUUACGCGGGGCAUGCAGACGGCGCUGAGCACGGGGAACUGGACCAUCAAGCGGUUCCGCAUGGAGCGCUCAGGCGUCUCCCAGGUGCUGUCGAGGUUGUCGUACAUUGCGACUCUCGGGAUGAUGACGCGCAUCAACUCGCAGUUCGAAAAGGGCCGGAAGGUGUCCGGACCGCGCGCGCUGCAGCCGUCGCAGUGGGGGAUGCUGUGUCCGUGCGACACGCCUGAAGGCGAGUCGUGUGGCCUCGUGAAGAACCUCGCCCUCGUCACGCACGUGACGACGGACGAAGACCCGACCCCAAUCGCCUCCCUCGCCUUCUGUCUCGGAGUCGAAGACGCCGACGCAAUCAGCGGCGAAGAGCUGCACGACCGCGGAACCUACCUCGUGAUGCUCAACGGUUCGCUGCUCGGCGUCCACCGACGCCCGCGGCAGCUGAUGAAGAACAUCCGGCUGCUCAGGCGCCACGGCGAAGUCGGCGAAUUCGUCUCUGUCCACGUGAACGAGGCGCACAAAACCGUCUACAUCGCCUCCGACGGCGGUCGCCUCUGCCGCCCGCUCAUCGUCGUCGACCGCGGCAGGCCCCGGCUCCUGCCCGAACACAUGGCUCAGCUCGAGAACGGAGAAAUGUGCUUCAUGGACUUGCUCCGGAGCAGCAUUCUCGAAUGGAUCGACGUGAACGAAGAGAACAACUUGCUCAUCGCUUUGCGCGAAGAAGACAUCACCGCGGAAUCCACACAUCUCGAAAUUGAUCCCUUGACGCUGCUCGGCGUUGUCGCGGGGCUCAUCGCGUUCCCGAACCACAACCAAAGCCCGCGAAACACCUACCAGUGCGCCAUGGGAAAACAAGCCAUGGGCGCGAUCGCCUACAAUCAAUUCAACCGCUGCGACACUCUCCUCUAUCUCCUCGUCUACCCCCAGAAACCGCUGUGCAAAUCCCGAACGCUCGACCUCGUCCACUUCGAACAACUCCCAGCAGGUCAGAACGCGAGUGUGGCGAUUAUGAGUUUUUCGGGGUACGACAUCGAAGACGCGAUUGUGUUGAAUCGCGGCGCAGUGGACCGUGGUUUUGGGCGGUGUUUUGCGCUUCGGCGCUACUCGGUGGAACUGAAAAAGUAUUUCAACGGCUCCGUCGACCGCACCUUUCCGCCGCCGGUCGCGCAAGGUCCAGGCCAGCGCAGCCGCUCGGCUGCGCUGGCGCCUGGGGGAUUUCCGAGGAAAGUUUCGCCGGCGAUGGCGAGCGGGAAAGGCGCGGUGUCUCGGCGGUUCGAGGCCUUGGAGGACGACGGCGUCGUCCGCGUCGGCGAGCUCCUCGAGGAGGAUCAGGUGUACGUCCACAAAUUCUCUCCCACCAACACUCGCGAGCACGUGAGCGAUCCGCUCCAACUCGACAACGCGUUCUACGCGCCGUCUUUCGCGCGGUACAAAACGGUCGUUCCGUCCUACGUGGAGCGCGUCAUUUGCACGGACAACUCGGACGGCUGUCGGACGUACAAGGUGAUUAUGCGGCAGACGCGGCUGCCCGAGCUCGGCGACAAAUUCAGUUCCCGCCACGGGCAAAAGGGCGUCGUGGGGCUGAUUGCGCCGGCCGAAGAUCUUCCCUUCGCCGAGUCCGGCUGGUGUCCGGACUUGAUCAUGAAUCCCCACGGGUUUCCCUCGCGCAUGACGGUCGGGAAAAUGAUGGAACUGAUUGCGGGAAAGAGUGCGCUGCAGAUCGGCGCCUGCCAGUAUGGCACGGCCUUUGGCGGCGUCAGUGUAGACACGCUCGCCGAGAUCCUCGCGUCGCACGGUUUCCACUACUCCGGGAAGGAGUACCUGACAUCGGGCAUUACCGGCGAGGCGCUCCAAACGUACGUCUUCGCCGGACCCAUCUACUACCAGAAACUCAAGCACAUGGUGCAAGACAAGAUCCACGCCCGAGGCCGCGGACCGCGGCAACUGCUCACGCGGCAGCCGACGGAAGGCCGUGCAAAAGAAGGCGGCCUGCGUCUCGGGGAAAUGGAACGCGACUGCCUCGUCGCGUACGGAAGCAGUGCGCUGCUCAUGGAGCGACUCAUGCUCAGCUCAGACGUGUUUGAAGCGUGCGUUUGCGCAACCUGCGGCCUGAUGGGCUACGAGGGCUGGUGUCCGUACUGCAAAACGGGGAAGAACGUCGCGCCCAUUCGCAUGCCCUACGCAUGCAAGCUCCUCUUCCAAGAACUCAUGAGCAUGAACGUGUGCCCCAGACUCCACAUCAAGGAAAUGUAG